CUGCUUGGGGGCGGGGCAAGGGACCCUGAAUAGGCCUCUUGUCUCAGGGCUGGGUGUAGGCCAGGCUCCCCGGGCACACGGUGCCCUCCCCAGGCCUGGCUGGCCGCUGUGGCUUCCACCCUCAGUUGGCUGAGGACAGGCCCUGUGGGUGAGCAGACCCCUCCCUGGAGGGCCUCGGCUCCAGUCCCAGGACCUCCUUGGUCUCCUCUUUACCUAGGUGGCAGUAGAGGCAGGUAGGUAGAAGGACCACAUCUAGUGGGGAACGGGAGGAAAGCAGCAGCUCAGCCCUAGAAGGACGCUGGGAAGGUGCAGAAGAGGCCCAGACAGGAGGGAACUCAGGCAAAGCUGGACCCCUGGAGAUAGACCUGGGUUGUAAUCCCCGCUGUAUAGCUCCCUAGAUUUAUGACCUGGAACAGGUUUUUUUGGUUUUUCCAAGUCUCGGAUUCCUUAUCAGUAUGAUGACAUUGACAAUGAUACCUACCAUGAAAGGCUGUUGUGAGGAUUACAUGACCUGAUAUAUGGAAAAUGUCUAGCACAUAACAGACACUCAGUGAUGUUAGUUUCUCUUCCCUGAAUUUGGGGAAAGAAGAGCGAAGGGCAUAAGGGAUUGGCUUCCUGGAUCCUGAAAGGGCCUCGGGGGUUGGGGUCAAGGCCAGGGAGGCUCUCACAAUGGGCUAGAACUCUCCCUCACUCUAGGUUCUCAUCCACUUUUGACUCCUCUCCCUGUCCCAGGGAGGGGAGGAAAGGCCUAGGAUGAGUCGUUGGAGGAAGAUCUCCCCCGGAUUCCCUAUUUCUUUCUUCACUGCUGUGCUUGAAGCUCCUCAGUUCAUACAAGACCAUUUGGGUGGUAGCCACUGACCUGAAGUCUGUCCACCGCCUGAAUCAACUGCUGGCUCUGCCCCCUACUUUGGGGUCAUCAUAUCAGGAGAGAUGGCUGUGGUCGUGAAAUUCUUCCGAUGGGUUUGGCGAAAGGUUUCUUGCUGGAUUUUGUCUUGGAGAAAGAAAGCUAAGUUGUCCAUCCAGGAACACCCUGACUCCAUGAAAAAUGUGUUGAAAAGGAUGGAGAAGCCCCUGAAAAUGGCUGAGCCUUCCAAGAUGGUUGAGACCCCCAAAGAGAUCAAGCCCCCCAAAGAGGCUAAGCCCCUCGAGGAGGCUAAUCCCCCCAAGAUGGAUGAGUUCUUCAAGAUGGAAGAGUUCUCCAACAUGGAUGAAUCCCUCAGAGCGUCUGAGUCCUGUGUGUUGGCCGAGACGACAGAUGGAAUGGAGCUGGGCCAUACGGGCCGAUCCCUGUUGCGGCUGCCCCAGACGGCCAUCCAGUCUGUCUCCACGCUCAUGGUCUCAGCUCUGCAGAGUGGCUUGCACAUGUGCUCCUGGAAGUCAUCCGUGAGUUCUGCCUCAGUUACCUCCCAGCUAAGGACCGGGCCCCCUUUGGAGUUGCCGGAGGCUGAGAUGCUGCGAGAAGUGUACCUGGUGCUGUGGGCCAUUCGGAAACAACUGCGGCAGCUGGCCCGCAGGCAGGAGAGACGGCGACGGCGCCACAUCCGGGCCCACGCAAGCCCCCAACCUGACCCAGUUAAGGGCCUGAAACAGGAUGCCCGAAGUCCCCUCUAGGGGCCACCCCCAGAUCCUCAGAAAGCCCCCACCUCACUCUCAGGUGAGGUUGAUAGGAGGGGUCAGGGCAGCAGGCCAGGAGAUGUGGGUGAGGAGUUUUCAUGUCUCCUCUGAUUGGGAGCCCAGGGACAGGCCUGGGGUCCCACAUACUCCCCUUCAUUCCAUUUAUUCAAUUUGUAAAAAAUUAUAAAAAAUAUUGGGAAAUAAAUACCAGAUA